GGUGGGGAGCAAGACUCUAGCAAGAGUACAAGGGGUCGUUGCGUAGAGUGGGGAUAUUUGAGCAAAAAAGCUUAAGGGAUCAGGUUGAACGAAGCCCAGCGGAUUAACUGACCAAUCAGAAAGUCGGAUGAGCCCAGCGACAAAACUGCUUUCGUUAGAGAAAGAAGUACUUACAUAGAUGAGUUAUUUACAAUUUAUAUACGACCUCCCUGCUCAGAGCCGAGACUAAAGCACACAAAACGGCAUGACAGCGUUUGAAGAAAUGGGCGUUUUGCCCGAAAUUGCAAGAGCAAUUGAGGACAUGGAAUGGAGUCUCCCAACGGACGUCCAAGCAGAGGCAAUCCCCCUAAUCCUAGGUGGAGGAGAUGUCCUAAUGGCAGCAGAGACAGGCAGUGGUAAGACUGGAGCCUUCUGUCUCCCCAUCCUCCAGAUUGUCUGGGAGACCCUGAAAGACAUCGAAACCGGAAAAGCCUGCGGAAAAUCCGGUAAACGAGCAGCCUCCGGCUCGUGGGGUCUGAGUCUCUUCGACAGAGGACGAGCAAUGGCAGUAACUCCUGAUGGCUUGCGCUGCCAGAGUCGAGAGCAACGAGAGUGGCACGGUUGCCGGGCGAAUAAAGGCAUCCAGGGAGAUGGCAAAUACUAUUUUGAAGCUGUGGUCACUGAUGAGGGCCUCUGCAGAGUCGGAUGGUCAACGUCCCAAGCCAGUUUGGACUUGGGAACUGAUAAAUUUGGGUGGGGAUUUGGAGGUACAGGUAAGAAAUCCAACUCAAAACAAUUUGACAACUACGGAGAAGCGUUCGGAAUGCACGACGUCAUUGGUUGCCUUCUGGAUCUUUCGAAAGGAGAAAUAAGAUUCACGAAAAAUGGGACAGAUCUUGGAAAAGCAUUUGACCUGAAUGCUCAACAGAGAUCCCAGACUUUUUUCCCCGCAGUGGUUCUAAAAAAUGCUGAAAUGUCAUUCAACUUUGGAAAUCAACCUUUCAAGUAUCCUCCCCCAAGUGGGUUCACUCCAGUGGCCUCUGCCCCCAAAGAUUGUUGCAAAGAGAAUGAAAUGGGAAGCAGUAGUGCUGGAAAUAAAGAGAUCAAGCCCCCUGCCAACGCUCCGCAAGCUAUAAUUAUUGAACCUUCAAGAGAACUGGCAGAACAGACUUACAAUCAACUCGAAAAGUUCAGGAUUCAUCUAAAAAAUCCAUCAAUCAAGCAAUUGUUAGUUAUCGGAGGAGUUGCAGCUAAGGAACAAAUAGCUGCAUUAAAUUCAGGAAUUGACAUAGUCGUUGGAACACCAGGUCGUCUGGAGGAUUUAAUCCAAGGAGGAUAUCUAUCUCUAACUCACUGCAGAUUUUUCGUUCUUGACGAGGCUGAUGGUCUCCUAAAACAAGGAUACACAGAGUUGAUAGAUCGUCUCCAUGGGCAGAUUCCCAAAAUAACUGCAGAUGGAAAGAGACUCCAAAUGAUCGUGUGCUCGGCGACACUACAUGCAUUUGAAGUUAAAAAAAUGGCGGAUAGAUUGAUGCAUUUUCCGACUUGGGUGGAUUUGAAAGGUGAAGACGCUGUUCCCGAAACGGUUCAUCAUGUUGUGGUGUUGGUCGAUCCUCAGGAGGACAGAUUAUGGAGCAGUUUGAGUAGACACAUUGAGACAGAUGGAGUUCACUACAGAGACAAUACUAAAUCGAAACGCAAUACCGCUGAAGCUCUCUCAGAAGGUAUCAAAAUCCUCAAAGGUGAAUAUUGCGUUCGAGCGAUUAAGGAGCAUACGAUGGAUAGAGCUAUCAUUUUCUGCCGCACUAAACUGGACUGCGACAAUCUUGAGAGAUACCUCAAACAAUUGGACGCUAAAGAAUUCUCUUGUGUUUGUCUGCAUGGGGAUCGCAAGCCCCCGGAGCGUAAAGCAAACCUUGAAAAGUUCAAAAUGAAGCAGGUGAAGUUUUUAAUUUGUACCGAUGUUGCGGCCAGAGGUCUUGACAUCUCAGGUCUACCGUUUGCUAUUAAUGUCACUCUACCAGAUGAAAAGUCCAAUUAUGUCCAUCGAAUUGGGAGAGUUGGAAGAGCUGAGAGAAUGGGUCUAGCCAUUUCUCUAGUCAGCACCGUCCCAGAAAAGGUCUGGUAUCAUGGAGAGUGGUGUGCCUCCAGGGGAAGAAACUGCAAUAACACUAAUUUGACCAAUCAAGGGGGAUGUUGCAUAUGGUACAAUGAGACGCAGUGUCUUGCUGAUAUCGAGGACCACUUGAAUAUAACUAUUCAGCAGGUUGGGUCUGAUAUUAAAGUACCUAUGAAUGAAUUCGAUGGGAAGGUUGUUUAUGGACAGAAGAGGAUGGAUAUGGGUACCAAUUAUCAGAAUCAUGUCCAACAAAUGGCGCCGGUUGUCAAGGAUCUCGCUAUGCUUGAGUCUAAGGCUCAGAUCGCUUAUGUGAGAAAGCAUCUGAUGGUUUCUUAGAAUUGUGAUUUCAGUUGGGAAUUGUAUUCCCUGAAGAAACUCCAUUAUCGCAAGCUCCAAUCAAUGUAAUCAAUCAAAUUCAUGGAACAAUCUGAUGCAUUUACAAAAUUCAAUCAAUUGAAGAAGAAUUGUGUGGAAUAGAUUUGGCAACGAAUUGAUGAUACAAUUAUUCAUUUGUAGACAAAAUACAAGCGAUUUAAUAAUGUAAUAAAAUUAUAGAAUUAAAAGAAGUAAA